CCGGUUUGGAUACUUCUAUUCUUUCUUUCAUUUCUAUAAAGCCGACCGGCUGAUACGGCUCAGAGAUGCAUUGGUUAAAAACUCGCUGCAGCAGCAGCUCGAGCAGCCACGCCUCUCCCUUCCCGGUGCUUGACGCUCCGGAGCGCUAGUUGUCUGUGAGAAGGUUUUUUUUGAAGGGACUAUUGAGGAAAAACACUCUAAUGGGUGAGCGGAAAAGAACGUGACAAGCGCUGCUGCACCUGUCCCUCUCCGUCUCGCGCGCCCCAAACUCGGCAGGCAAGCUCGCGCGGAAGGCGGGCGUUAUCCAGCCAGCGGCUCACAACACGGUCAGCCUGAACAUGACUUCGUCCUACGAUAUGGAUUUUCUACCCGAGAUAAUGCUGGAGGGGCGAUUGUUGAGCGCCGGAGAAAGGAUUAACGGUACAGCUGGGAAGAUGAACGGCGCCCUGGAGCACUCGGACCAGCCUGAUCCGGACGCCAUUAAGAUGUUUGUGGGUCAGAUCCCCCGCUCCUGGUCCGAGAAAGAGUUAAAGGAGCUUUUUGAGCCGUACGGUGCUGUCUACCAGAUCAACAUACUGCGAGAUCGUAGUCAGAACCCACCACAGAGCAAAGGGUGCUGUUUUGUCACAUUCUACACACGGAAAGCUGCCCUGGAGGCCCAGAAUGCACUGCACAACAUAAAGACCUUAACUGGGAUGCACCAUCCCAUACAGAUGAAGCCCGCAGACAGUGAGAAAUCAAAUGCGGUGGAGGAUAGAAAGCUGUUCAUCGGCAUGGUGUCGAAGAAAUGCAACGAGAACGACAUCCGGGUCAUGUUCUCUCCUUUCGGACAGAUCGAGGAGUGUCGCAUCUUGAGGGGACCAGACGGACUCAGCCGAGGAUGUGCGUUUGUCACAUUUUCUACCAGGGCUAUGGCACAGAAUGCAAUCAAAGCCAUGCAUCAGUCUCAAACCAUGGAGGGCUGCUCCUCCCCCAUGGUGGUGAAGUUUGCCGACACACAGAAGGAUAAGGAACAGCGGCGGCUGCAGCAGCAGUUGGCGCAGCAGAUGCAGCAGUUGAACAGUGCGUCUGCCUGGGGCAGCCUGACCGGCCUGACUGGCCUCACCCCGCAGUAUCUGGCAGUAAGAGGACACACCCACGCAGCCACGCCCACCAGCAGCACAGCCAGCGCAGCCGCCGCAUUGCUCCAACAAGCGACCUCCUCCAGUAAUCUAGGAGCGUUCAGUGGUAUUCAACAAAUGGCAGGUAUGAAUGCUCUGCAGUUGCAGAAUCUGGCCACUCUAGCAGCAGCAGCGGCUGCAGCACAGAGCUCAGCCAGCCCGUCCACCGCUAGCGCCCUGACCUCCAGCACAGGGUCCCUGGGAGCCCUGGCCAGCCCAGCAGGUUCCACAGCUAACUCCACCAUGGGUGCAAUGGGUUCCCUGGGUUCUCUGGGGACACUGCAGGGUCUGGCCGGGGCCACCGUGGGCCUCAAUAACAUAAAUGCACUAGCAGUUGCUCACAUGCUCUCAGGUAUGGCAGCUCUGAAUGGCGGGCUGGGCAGCACGGGCCUGAGUAACGGGUCGGCCGGGCCCAUGGACGCUCUCACACAGGCCUACUCAGGGAUCCAACAGUACGCGGCUGCCGCCCUGCCCACCCUCUACAGCCAGUCCCUACUGCAGCAACAGAGCGCUGCAGGCAGCCAGAAAGAGGGACCUGAAGGAGCCAACCUGUUCAUCUACCACCUGCCACAGGAGUUUGGGGACCAGGACAUCCUACAGAUGUUCAUGCCUUUCGGAAACGUGGUGUCUGCCAAAGUCUUUAUCGACAAACAGACCAAUCUGAGCAAGUGCUUCGGUUUCGUCAGUUAUGACAAUCCUGUGUCAGCGCAGGCCGCCAUUCAGGCGAUGAACGGGUUUCAAAUCGGCAUGAAGCGUCUCAAAGUCCAGCUCAAGCGCUCGAAGAACGACAGCAAACCGUACUGAUCUUAGCACUAGGGCCUCUCUCAUGUUACACUGCUAGGGUAAGUCCCCACUGCUGCCACGGUUACCAA